AUGACUACAAAGCUGAUUGUAUUUGCUGCCCUGAUUGGACAAAUGGCCAUUGCUUACCCACCCGAGUACAAAAGCUACAACGAUGGUCACCACGAUCACUAUGCUCACGCACCUGCACCGUAUCAUUUCGAGUACGGCGUAAAAGACCUCCAUACACACGACAUCAAAAGCCAAAGCGAAGUGAGCGACGGCCAUGGUAAUGUCAAAGGAUCUUACAGCUUAGUAGAAGCCGAUGGUUCAACACGUCUUGUCGAGUACACCGCCGACCACGAGCACGGUUUCAACGCUGUAGUCAAGAAAAUCGAAGCACCCUAUCAUCACAGUGAACACUCUGACAUUGGUUACCAUCAUCACGAAUCACUUCAUCCAUACAAAUCAUCAUCUCACUUCAAGUUCUAUUGA